CUGCUUCCCACUCGCCUUCACCGUACCGUCCUCAUCCUCGUCCCCGUCCUCAUCCCCGUCCUUCCCACAGCCCGCCAGCCAGCCCGCCCGCGAGACCACUCGACUGUACCAUUUCCGCCUCACUCUUCGCAAUGUCACUGGCGCCGAAAUAGGAUAUUCUCGGCGGGUUCCGUGUCAGACGGGCACAAAUCGCACUAGGAGGUAGACUGCUCGCAGCCUCGCAGGACCGGCUGACAAACCGGCUUUGCUGAGAAAAAGCAAACAACAGCAAAGGCGAGCUGCAGCUUCUGCGGGGGGAGAACCUUUCACCUUGGCCAUCUCAUCAGCAUACCUCCUACGUGCGUGCAGUCGUGCGUGCGUGCGUGCGUCCCAGGCGGCGCGGGUGCUUCUUUUACCAGGAUCUCGAUAUCUGCGUUCGCAGAGAGUGUCUGCAGUCCUGUUGUGUCGUGGUCGCCGGACAGAGGGAGUAGGGCAGAUCGCCGUUGGAACUUCCAGGUUGCCCGUACAGUACCUGAGGUAGUACUUCCGGUGUACGCACGUCACCACCGCGUGGACGGACGAGGGUACAGGUACAAUUCCGGGUGCCUCGGGCACAACGCAACGCAACACCGCGCGACGCAGCCGACGCUGCACUGCACUCACUGCACGCAUUGCACUGCACGCACUGCCCUUCCCUUCCCAGCUGCGAGCUUUCGGCUCUGCUGCAUUGGGCCCCUCCUGACGCAAGCGCUCCCGCAGCCAUCGCGCGCACACGACUGGCCCCCAGAGUGCAGAGAUAGCGGCCAACAGCACGAACGAGACCUUCACGCGCGGGAAAACAUGGCCACUCGAGCAGCAGCAACAGCAGCAGCCCCCGCAGGUUCCGCGACGCCUCCCACCAGUAGUGAACCGCGACCAUCGCCGGCACCCACCAUCUCUACCGCCUCGACGGCAUCCUUCGCGUCAUCCAAGCAGGGAGACGUCGUGUCCGCCGCGCCCACUGACGACUCUGCCGUCGGAUCGCUGGUCAAUGGAAACGGCAACACCACGUCGGCAUCCCCACCUACGUCUAUACCAGCACCAUCCACUUCCACACCCGCGACCAUACCGAGACGGCCCUCUGGUCCACAGAAGAAGCCGACCUUCACCUCACGAAUCUCGCGCAUGUUCUCGCAGCGUGACGCCAACGGAGCCACACGAGACCUGGCUAAAAUAGAAGCAGCCGAUAAAGUGCCUGAGACUGCUGUGGAAGACCCGCUGCAGGAGGACGGCAAGCCUCGAGCAGAGAAGCCGAGCAGGACUGCUUCGAAAAACGAGAAGAUGAGUGGCGGCAUGCGGGCUGCGUCUGACUCUAAGAAGGGGAAAAGUGACGAAGCCAUCACCCCAGUCUCAAAACGCUUCUGGGUCGAAGAAGGAGGCGAGCACUUUCACUUGCUGCGAGGCGCCAAGCGCCAGGACAAAUUGACAGACAUGCUUCGAGAGUUCAUGACGGGGAAAAAGGCGCGUGACUACUCCGAGGAGCAGCCCCUAUCCUUGAUGUCAGACUGGGCCGACCAGAUUAAGAAUGAGAAAGACAAGAUGGCCAAGGAGAAAGACAAGGGCCCCAAUGCGACCGCAUCUUUGGUGCAGAAGUACGGCAAGUGCCACGAAGUUGUUGGUCGAGGAGCCUUUGGCAUUGUGCGGAUAGCACACAAGACGGACCCCAACAACUCCAAACAAGAACAACUAUACGCUGUCAAAGAGUUCCGGCGGCGGCCCCAGGAAGACCCCAAGAAGUACAGCAAACGCCUCAACUCGGAAUUCUGCAUUUCUUCCUCAUUACGGCACCCCAAUGUCAUUCACACUUUGGAUCUUCUGGAAGAUGCGAAGGGCGACUACUGCGAGGUCAUGGAAUUUUGUGCUGGAGGCGAUUUGUACACUCUGGUUCUUGCUACCGGCAAACUAGAAGUCACAGAAGCCGACUGCUACUUUGCUCAACUGAUGCGUGGCGUCGAGUAUAUACACGAGAUGGGCGUGGCGCAUCGCGAUUUGAAACCAGAGAACCUGCUUCUGACAACUCACGGAGCGCUGAAGAUCACGGACUUUGGCAAUGGAGAGUGCUUCCGAAUGGCGUGGGAAACAGAACCACACAUGACGGCUGGACUUUGCGGUAGCGCUCCAUACAUCGCUCCAGAAGAGUAUAUUGAGCAGGAAUUCGAUCCGCGUGCUGUUGAUGUCUGGGCGUGUGGUGUCAUCUAUAUGGCGAUGCGCACUGGCCGACAUCUCUGGCGAGUGGCAAAGAAAGACGAAGACGAAUUUUACGAAAACUACAUUCGCGGACGCAAAAGCGAAGAAGGCUAUGGCCCGAUCGAGACGCUACACAGAGCACGCUGUCGAAACGUCAUAUACAGUAUCCUCGACCCCAAUGCUAGCCGGCGAAUAUCGGCGCAUCAAGUCCUGAACUCGGAAUGGGGCAAGGGGAUAAAACUGUGCAAGGCUGGGGAGCAAGGCCUCUGACAAUAGUCUAUGGGCAAAGAACCGCUCAUUGAGGACGUUUUGGCCCUGCAAAUUUCAUGAUGGACUGUACAUUGAGGAACGACGUGACGAACUCUCUCGACGCGCAAUCGAAUUACUUCUUUGCGACAGGCAUGACUUGUCGCGUUUUUCCUUUCUUAUAUACAUGACUCUUUACUCCUUGGGACAGCGGACAUGGGACACGGACGUUUUGUCAAUAUUGAGCGUUUGAGCGAGCGCCUGUUCUUGAUCGAGAGAAGCAUACCCCAAAUUUCCUUGCGCUGCUCUUUCCAGGCAUGCUUCUUCGGCUGAUCGAAGAACAAAAGGUCGGCCGGAUUUGCAGCCGCAUUGGUAUACAUUCUUUGAAUGCUUCACCGUAUUUUUCUUGUGCACUGGCGAAAGAGGACAGCGAGGAUGUCGCUCGCUGUAACCUACGUACCUAGCCAUGAGCUCACAGAAAGAUUCAUGCAGUGAUCAAUCUCUCACACAGGUACCUCACUGUACCUCCUAGCCACCCCCCAACUUUGCUCACUCACACUUCUCAGCCAUGAGUUGACUGCCUACGGUUUGCAGAGCAGAAAUUCUGAUAUUACCCAGUAACAUUUUGACUGAAUCAUCUUCAGUAGCAGC